AUGGAAAACCUUACUUCUAUCCUGAAUCUCCUUCGUUGCCAAAAUCCCGCGUUGAACCAAGCCGUGCCUUCAAUAACAUUGGCAUCGAUCUUGCGGGACCCUUUGAGCUUGCGCUGCUCGCAAGACGGCACAGCAAACAUAAUAAAACUUUUCUUCAACACAGCUCAAGUGAAAGAACAGUGCGAAGUAAACUGUGGUAAUAAAUUAACAUUCUUUCAAUUGGAAACUACGCUGAAUUACAUUCGCGGAAUCCCACCGUUCUUACCGUACCUGUACACAAAAGGUAACACUAGUGAUCCUACAGGAGACUUCCUAGUAGCACUUCCUGACAUCGCUCAUUUCCUUAAUAUGAGCGAAGAAAAGCCACCCGCGCCCAAUAAAGAGCCGCAAACGGCUCCUCCUCUGGAAAGCGACUCGGAGCACGAGGACGCCUGCGGCCUCCACCUUUUGCCCGAAGCACCUGACUACGGUAACCUUCCAAUUGAAACGUUCACUGGCAAGGAAAAGGAAGAAAAGCAACACAGUAGGCGAAAAAGAGGAAAAAAUGAAGAGCAGAAACAGGGAUCAGAAAAAAAGAGACUUAAGGUACACGAAAUACUCGAAUCAAUCGACGAACGCUUGGAGUACAUCGAGGGACAAUUGCAGAAGACUAUCGGCAAAAACGACGAAUUACUCGCAAGCUGCUCUCGUUCAAGCAAUACGGCCAUGCAACAAAGAUCUAGUAAUCGUAAGACUUGCUUGUUUUGCAAUGGCACCCAUUUCGCAACUCAAUGUACUGUUUAUGAAACAUUGACCGCCCGUGAUCAACGAGCGAAAGAAUUAGGCAAAUGUACACGGUGCUUGUAUACCGUUGAUCACUCAUCUACUGACUGCCCAUCGCAGGCACUCUGUUUUUAUUGUAAGAAGGCAAAAAGGGAAACAGAAAAGGCAAAACACCAUGCAGCAUUCUGCAUCUAUCACUUCCCAAAGUGA